AUGGAUGUACAGCAAAACCAAGAAGCUAUGUCACCAGAGGAUAAAUUUCAGGAAUUGGUAGAUUCACUGAAGCCAAGAACUGCUCAUCAGUACAAAACUUACUAUACAAAGUACAUACAAUGGUGUCAGCUCAAUCAAAUUAUACCGACACCGGAGGAGAAUUCUGUAAAUAGCGUCCCCUAUAAAGAUCUACCAAUAUCUGCUGGACUGAUACAUUGGUUUUUGUUGGACACAUUUAUAACCGAUGAUAAGUCAAAAAAAAAAAGAGAAGAAGGAGAAGAUCUUGAUGACGAGGAGGAAAAUUCAUUCAAAAUCGCCACGUUGAAGAAAAUCAUCGGCAGUCUUAACUUUUUAUCAAAAUUGUGCAAAGUUCACGAAAAUCCGAAUGCUAAUAUAGACACGAAAUAUCUGGAAUUAGUCACCAAGCUUCAUACCCAUUGGAUAGAUUCGCAAAAGGCAAUAACUACUAAUGAAACAAAUAACACCAACACUCAAGUGCUGUGUCCACCCUUAUUAAAAGUGUCUUUGAAUUUAUGGAACCCGCAAACGAACCAUCUUUCUGAAAAGUUUUUUAAAACUUGUUCCGAAAAGCUAAGAUUCCUUGUGGACUUUCAAUUGAGAAGCUAUUUGAACCUUUCAUUUGAAGAAAGAUCAAAGAUACGAUUUGGUUCCCUUAAGGUCGGUAAAACGGAUAAAGACGCUAUAAUACAUCAUAAAACAACUUAUUCAACGGAAAAAAAAGACACGCCAAGUCAUCAUCAACUCAUCGCACUACUACCCCAAGAUUGUCCGUUCAUCUGCCCUCAGACUACAUUGGCUGCAUAUUUGUAUCUGAGGUUUUACGGCAUACCAUCUGUUUCGAAAGGUGAUGGCUUCCCCAAUUUGAAUGCUGAUGAGAAUGGCUCACUUUUACAAGAUAUACCCAUAUUAAGAGGCAAGUCAUUGACAACUUAUCCCAGAGAGGAAACGUUUAGCAAUUAUUAUACAACCGUGUUUAGAUACUGCCACUUACCUUAUAAAAGAAGAGAAUAUUUCAACAAAUGUAACCUUGUUUACCCAACUUGGGAUGAAGACGUUUAUAGGACUUUUUUCAAUCAAGAAAACCAUGGAAGCUGGUUAGAACAACCUGGGACCUUUGCGUUCCCUGACAGAAUACCAUUUGAUUUUAAGAAAAUUAUGAACUUCAAAUCGCCCUAUACUUCCUACCCUACAAACGCUAAGAAAGACCCUUUGUCGCCUCCGAAGGAUUUAUUAGUUCAGAUAUUUCCUGAAAUUGAUGAAUAUAAAAGACAUGGUUAUGACGGUUUGUCUCAGGAUUCAAAGGACUUUCUCGAAUUAAUGGACGUUUUACGAGAAAGACUGCUGAAUAAUCUGCCAUGGAUUUUCAAAUUUUUCCCUAACCAUGAUAUAUUCCAGGAUCCAAUUUUUGGAAAUUCUGAUUUUCAAUCAUACUUUAAUGACAAAACCAUACAUUCGAAGGGGUCUCCCAUUCUAUCAUUCGAUAUAUUACCGGGCUUCAAUAAAAUUUAUAAAAAUAAGACAAAUUUUUACAAUCUUCUAAUAGAAAGACCUUCGCAGUUGGCGUUUUCUCUGAGCAAUAAUCCAGAUGUACACCUUCCUCAAAAGGCAGAAUCGGACGGACCAUCACAAAUCACUCAAGUUGAUACUGCACAUUUAAAUGAACUAUUGAAACAACAGAGUUUCGAAUAUGUUCAAUUCCAAACACUAUCUAAUUUCCAAAUUUUGUUGUCAGUAUUUACUAAAAUUUUUGAGAAAUUGGAGAUGAAAAAAUCUUCAAGAGGCUAUAUCCUACACCAGCUCAACUUAUUCAAGGAAACCUUGGAUGAAAGGAUCAAGAAAUCUAAAAUUGAUGAUGCCGAUAAAUUCAUGCGUGAUAAUCAAUCCAUUAAAAAAGAAGAAAACGUUGUGAAUGGAGAUGGGCCAAAUGCCCUAAGGCGAACAAAGAGGCCGAAACGAAUUAGAUUACUCUCAAUUGCGGAUUCCUCUGACGAGUCCUCCACAGAGGAUUCGAAUCUAUUUAAAAAGGACACCGAAUCCAUCGAUAGUGAUGGUGCAAAUGAAGAAAAUGAAGACGAGAAUGAUUCUGAGAUGCAAGAACAGUUGAAGUCUAUGAUAAACGAACUUAUCAACUCCAAGAUAAGCACUUUUUUACAGGAUCAAAUGGAUCAAUUUGAAUUGAAAAUAAACGCUUUGUUAGAUAAAAUUCUUGAAGAAAAAAUCACUCGUAUUAUCGAGCAAAGAUUUGGUUCCUACGCGAGAUCAUUUUCAGCUUUGAAGAGACCACAACCACACAUCGCGGAAGAAGAAAAUGUUGAAUCUGAUAUGGAUGUUUCUAAAAGACCUAGGUUUAGUGGUAGAUACGCAGAGCCUGUAAAAAAUAAUGAUGACCACCAAACCAUGUCAAGUACGGCAUCGCCACCUCCCGAGCAAGACCAAGAAACAAAGAAUCAUACUGACGAACAAGCGUUUAUGCUGGACGAUUCUAUCGACACCAUAGAAGGAAUCAUCCUCGAAUGGUUCACUCCAAAUGCUAAAUACGCUAAUCAAUGUGUACACUCAAUGAACAAAUCAGGAAACAAGUCAUGGAGAGCUAAUUGCGAAACUUUAUACAAGGAAAGAAAAUCAAUCGUUGAAUUCUACAUUUAUUUAGUAAAUCACGAGAGCCUCGACAGAUACAAAGCGGUAGAUAUUUGCGAGAAAUUACGAGACCAGAAUGAAGGUUCAUUUUCGCGCCUGGCAAAGUUCCUAAGGAAGUGGAGGCACGAGCAUCACAAUUCAUUUGAUGGACUGUUGGUAUAUUUAUCUAACUGA